UAUGCGCCAUUUUGGCUCCAAAAUUGUAUCCGUGCAGAGCAAAUUAAGCGUAUUUUACCAUAUGACCAACAGUAGCCGGACAGUUUUCCCCGUGCCAUUUAGGGUCCCUUUAAAACAUUUGUACCUAUUGCACACAACAAGCGUCAAGGAGAAGGAUAAGAGCCAACCGUCUCCUUUUCAUGAUGUCGGCUAACAGAAGUUCUCUGGUUGGAUAUGGUCUCUCUUCCGAUUCCGACAGCGAUGCAGAGGGAGACGAAGCCAACAUUAAAGAAAUGUCAGAGGAUGGAGCUGGAGAUGGGAGCGGAAGGGGAGGAGCAGAGGAGAGCAAGGGCAGGAAUUUGUUGCUGGAGUCGGCAUCUGGGUCGAGUGAGUCGGACUCCGAGCCCGAGCAAGGAGAACAAGACGUCCCGAGGACUCCAGCGGCAGAACCCGCGCCUCGCGUCGCCGCCACGGCGCCCGCCGCCGCGCCCCCCGACCCCCGUACCCUCAAGCUGCCCCCGCCUCCGCUCGGCGCCCCGGGGCUGCCCGCCGCCGGGCUCCCGUCCGGCAGCAGCGUGUUCGCCAACCCCUUCCGCCAGCGGGCGGAGGAGCACCUGAACGUGCUGCGGAAGCACGUCCCGCUCACCCUGGAGCCGCGCCCCUCCCAGAUCGGCGGCCGCAAGAUGUGCAUCUCCUACCGGCGGGACGGGCGCUGCCGCUUCGGGAUCGGCUGCAAGUUCGCCCACGACAGCGACCUGCAGACCGCCGCCCCCCCCGUCGCCGAGGGGCGGGGCCCCGGCGCGGACCACCACCACGACAUCGCUGGCGGUGGCGGCGGUGGCGGCAACCAGCGCGGCGACCCGGCCGCCUCACACGCGACCCCAGACCGUCGCCGUGACCGCAACGCGCCCUUCCCCUCCCAACCCCAUCCGGAUCAGGAUACUGACCCCGAGGGGGGGCCGGGGAGGAAGAGGAGGGUGGGACUGAGCAACACCCUCGUCCCCCCGAAACGGGCGCUGAAACAGUACGCCACACAGAGAGAGAGGGAAAGAGUCACUCCCUCCUGAGAAACACUGUAUGUCGGAGUUAAACAUAAUAUUUAAUGUAUUUUUCUCAGGAAACCCACAAGCAUGUAUUCAGUAGAGACCCUGAAACGGGGUCAUUUGAGCUCACAAAAGCACGCUUCUGAAGGGCCCUAAGGCUUGUGCAGAAGACAUGGCUAAAGCAGAGAGAGGUCAGGUGGGAGGGGGAGUAGACCCAGAAACGAGAGACUUUAUGCCUCCCGGCGGUGGGAGAAGUGCUAAGCGGGAGAUUCCAUUUGUAGUGCAUUUUUUGCAUUCACCUCUUGUGCUGCUGUCCUGGGUUCACGGUGCAGCGUACACACACUUGACCUGUCUGAGUGUAGGCCGUGGUAUGUCCUCAAAGACGUGAAGUCGGAGUCAGAGACAUUAGCAUGUUCAGCGGCUGCUGAACUGUAUUUAACCCUGCAAUGGCUGUUCCUUAUCCCGUUCGGCUCUGUAGCCUAAAGCCCAAGUAUUAAAAGCUUCUAAGAUCUUUACAGUUGGCCCCGAUUAUCUUCAGCUUUCCGGUGGCAACUGAGGGAAACCUCAGAACUAUGUUAUUACCCCAUGAAUGUAUAUGGGGUAAUUUCAGAUACAGGAACCCAGGCCUGUAACCUGAUUUCAUUGAGUUUCUGCCAUUUAUGUUCAGGCACACACAUGCUCAUUAGGAUAAUCUUGUCAGCCUGAAGUCAAAAGUUGACAAAGUGACAAUAAAAUUCUGUACAAAAUGUCCCAGAUAAUUACAUGUUGUUCACUGUAGGUUCUACAGGCUAUUCUCCAAAGAUUAUAUCAACACCCCAUGAAUGUAUAUGGGGUAAUUUCAGAUACAGGAACCCAGGCCUGUAACCUGAUUUCAUUGAGUUUCUGCCAUUUAUGUUCAGGCACACACAUGCUCAUUAGGAUAAUCUUGUCAGCCUGAAGUCAAAAGUUGACAAAGUGACAAUAAAAUUCUGUACAAAAUGUCCCAGAUAAUUACAUGUUGUUCACUGUAGGUUCUACAGGCUAUUCUCCAAAGAUUAUAUCAACACCGUACGUAGACGUUUGACAUUUAAGAACUCCUGAGUGGACAGACUUAUGCUUUCCAUUGUGAUUCCUAAAAUCAAGUCAUAUGCACUGUGACUUGACCACUGUGCAUAUAAUAUGCAUGAGCACUCCACCUGGUGCAGUGCAUACACUGGUGGGUGGGGCAGUGCACUUCAUAGGUGUGUCAGCUAACUCAACCUCAUGGAUCAGCAUGCCUCACGUGACUCUUGGACACCAUGGUUUUCCCCCUGUACCCCUCACCUCUAAUUUGAGAGCUUAUAAAAAUGGGGAUCUCUCCGCGGGUAUCAAACUCUGCAACUUCCGUAUCGUAGCAUUCGAUUAUAUAACAUCUAUGCUAGUUCUAACAUGAUUUUAAAACAGUUUUUUGGCGUUCACAUCUGUUGUACGGAAAUAAGAACAAUGAGUUGUUCACAUAACUC